UCUCCGAUCAGCUGUGCGUGUUGAUUUCCGUGCGCGUGUUGGUGCGGCGAGAGCGUGUCGAGGGCACCUCAGCUGAUUUACACUGCCGCCUCAAACACUUCUCUCCUCACUUCACCAUACCUGUUUCUGCUGGGUUUGUCUACAGGAUGAUUUCGUCAGCAACAAGUGCUCGAAAUUCCUGCUGCCAGCUGAAAUGAAGGUCAUUACACACCACGCUGUAGUGCCGAGAGUUUAUCGUCACGGUAACAUAACACGAAUCAACACAACACUUCGUAUGUGAUAAAACCCGGUAGCAGCACUGCACUCAAAAAUGUUUGCGUUCAGUCGACUACAACAAGUCCAACAUCUUCGACCGGUUUGUCUUCGUUCCUUUUCGACGAACAUGGGAUUGAAUAAUUUGAUUUUUCGUCAGUUGUUUGAUACAACAAGCAGCACAUAUACUUAUCUGCUUGCUGAUUCUAAGAAUCGGGAAGCAAUUCUGAUUGAUCCUGUGAUUGAUCAGGUGAAAAGGGAUUGGCAUUUGGUGCAAGAUUUAAAUUUAACACUGAAAUAUGCAGUGAACACUCACAUGCAUGCUGAUCAUAUAACUGGCACUGGCGAAUUAAAGAAACUUUCUGGUUGCAAAAGUAUUAUUUCGGAAGCAAGUGGAGCUAAAGCUGACAUCUACGUCAAGGAAAACGAUGUAAUUCACUUCGGUGAACACAAAAUUAAAGUUUUAGCUACUCCAGGUCAUACUAAUGGUUGUGUCACAUAUUAUUUAUCUGAAGAGAGUAUGGCAUUUACUGGUGAUACUCUGUUGAUUCGCGGAUGUGGACGUACUGAUUUCCAAGAAGGAAAUGCUGCAAGUCUCUAUAAUAACGUCCAUCAAAAGAUUUUCACAAUGCCCGAUGAAACGAAGUUAUAUCCAGCUCAUGAUUAUAAAGGAAUGAUGAGCACGACUGUGGAUGAAGAAAAAAGACUUAAUCCGCGUUUGACGAAGAGUCUGGAUGAUUUUAUUAAUAUUAUGGACAAUUUGAACUUGUCAUAUCCCAAGAUGAUUGACAAAGCUCUGCCAGCCAACAAGGUUUGUGGAUUGUACGAAAUUCCUGAGGAGAUUGCUGCCAAAAUUAAGUAAGAUAGAGUCGUCGAAUGAGACAGUUAUUUAUCGUACUCAGAUAACGAUUAAUCACUUGUUAUAUUAGUGUAAGACUAUUUUUUGUUAUAAGUAUAUUGUAGUAAUAUAUCACCUAUCAUUAUUGUGAGCAAAGUCUGUUAAGAAUAAUUUUGUUAAUGUUAUUAUUUACUUUAUAUCUGUAAUAUAAUAUUUUUACGUUCAUGAUGUACACAA